AAAACAAAACUACAGAAUCUUUAAUCUUGGAAUGAAUAUGUCAACAAACACAUAAACUAAGGAGGAACUGCCCUGAGACGAGUAAGUUAACAUCUUUGAAGUGGUCAAGGGUCUGAAACCAUGCCUGUGGGGAAAAUGCUGGGUAGCUAUCCCACCAGCUAAAAAAGACUCUGUCCCUAUUCACCUUCAGUGCCACCCGCCCCUUUCUUCAAGGGACUCCUUGGGCCUGGGACUCCAGGGAUACCGGUGGUUCCUGGAGCCAAUAAGCGCCGAGUGUACCCCAGCAACCCUGCUCCGAACGCCGCCCUCCUCCAAGCCCACUCGGGAAAGAGUCUGCGAACUCCGAGCCUACGAACUCCGAGCCUCUGCGCCGCUGGCGACGGAGCACCGCCCCCUUCCUCCACACGCACAAGUGGCCCGACCCGAAUAGGAGGAGUCAAUACAGUAAAAAUAAAAGCUCCACCACCCGCGAGCCGCUACCUAAGAAGGGCCGACAUUGUGCUGAGAGCCAAUUGGAGGAAAAUCCCAUCUCCAGGCUUCUCGGUCCUUCCAAAGGAGUGAAAUUAUCCAAUGGUCCGAGGAGCUGCAGGUGUGACUGAUGGGAAUGAAGUGGCCAAGGCCCAGCGGGCAGCUCCUGGGGGAGCAGCCCCAACCAUCUUCUCCCGGAUCCUGGAUCGAAGCCUCCCAGCUGACAUUCUAUAUGAGGACCAGCAGUGUCUUGUAUUCCGUGAUGUGGCCCCUCAGGCUCCUGUGCACUUCCUGGUCAUUCCUAAGAAGCCCAUUCCCCGGAUUAGCCAGGCUGAAGAAGAAGACCAGCAGCUUUUAGGACACCUUCUCCUUGUGGCAAAGAAGACAGCAAAGGCUGAAGGACUGGGAGAUGGAUACCGACUUGUGAUCAACGAUGGGAAGCUGGGUGCACAGUCUGUGUAUCACCUGCACAUUCAUGUACUUGGGGGCAGACAGCUCCAGUGGCCUCCAGGUUGAACCUACCAAAGGACCAAGGACCCCAGACUUGGAUGCUUGGACGGGGUAGGGAAAUAACAGGACCCAAUGAUGCCAAUAAACUUGUUCUCCCUCAA